UCUACCGAACAGACAUACAACGUGCAGAGCAGCCGUGUGAGGAACUAUUUCACGUACUGCUUGGAUCUUGACAGUUUAGCUCGACGCCAAUCCAUAGUAAACAUUGUGUGAUUGGUUACGAUUGUUCUGCGAAAAGCGGCACAAAUUGAAGAAGGAGCAGUACGCCAGUGAGUAAUCGAACGAAUCGAUUGCCUGCAAGAAAAAAGCCCAAAAAGUGCGCCGAUGAUUCAUUGCCUUCUGUUGUUAACGCGCUGACAACGGUGGUGAUUCAGUUUCCAUCCACGGGCAAGUGCUUACAAAGUAGACGCGCUAUCGUGUCACUCCGGGUGUCUCAGUGGAAGUGGAUCAGCGUUUGUGUGCAGCAGCAGAAGAAGGAGAAAAACGACACAAUUUAUCGUCGGAAAGCAGUUUUACAGUGAGAAGAAACAGAAGAAAUUCAUCUGUAAAAAAAACAACAAACAGCAUUACCCUGCAGUACAGAGUGUUUGGAAUACAGAGCGUUACUACGGUUCCAAGUGCUCACUUUGAAUGUUACGCCAACAACAUCGAUCGUGAAACAAACAAGUUCGCAGAAUAGCGAACGCCAACAGUGCAGGUGCUGAUAGAGCGGGAAGCAAAAAAUACCUUACAUAACGAGCUAAUAAUGAUGAGCGCGCCCGACUGCAUAUUGCAGGUGUGAUUCAUAUUGUCUGAGUAGGUUCGUAGUCGAUCUGUGGUGGAAACAAGUUGAAGCAAGAAAAAAGAAUUCUGCUUCUACUGCGUGCUGCGUGUGCUGUUAGUAGUUGUGUCUACUAAUUCACCUCGACACAAAACCGUGCCUCAUCUUGUGCAGCCGUUUGGUGGCAUUCUCCGUACAAUUGGCGCUAGUUGAUAGUGUGGUUCGUUCAGAUCGCGCUGUAAAGUGCACAACAUCGCUCCACCCUCGUGAAUGUCGCGUGGCAGUGUGUUCUUGACAACCGUGAUCGAUACCUCGAUUGUUUUAUCGACCAAGUGUAAACGUGUGUGCUGCGUGCCUGCUACGCUGUUGCUUGUUGAAUAGUGUUUCACGUGCAAAUUCCACUCCCUUUUAAUAGCGCUAGUUUGCGUUAAAUUCGUGCCUUGUCCAAACACCGGUGACCACAAAGUGUAAAGAUAAAUACAAUCAUCUCAACUGACAGCCGCCCCGGAACAAGCUGCCCGAGUGACGCCGACGACGGUAAGCCGCUUGCAGCAGGGGCAGCAUCGACCGUCACACCGGGCAGUACCGGGCGCAGCAGCAGCAGUCACAACCCGUUCAAAACGUCCAGCAAAAUGAGGAUGAAACAUAAAGCGCCCUGCCUGAUGCUUCGGUUUAUGCCGACAGACAAACACGCCAUCCAUGGGCAACACAAACGGCACAAAGAUAGUUGCGAUGAUUCAUCGAUCGCUUCCAGCACCCGGGUACCUCUGGCGCGUAGCUGUUCUAGUCCUGCAGUAUCGUACGACAUCGAAUCGCAUCCUGCAUCGCACGUUUUUCCGCAUCUGCUGCUUGGCAACGGUCGGGACGCGAUCGAUCCGUCAACGGUCGGUGCAAACUGCGUACUUAAUGUCACCUGCCAGCAACCAAGCGGCCAGCUGAAACCGGGCCUCAAGUACAAACAGAUACCGGCCAGCGACACGCCGCAUCAAAACAUCAAGCAGUACUUCCAGGAAGCCUUCGACUUUAUCGAGGAAGCCCGGAAAAAGGGAUCAACCGUAUUGCUGCACUGUCAGGCAGGCAUUAGCCGCAGUGCCACGAUCGCGAUCGCAUACGUGAUGCGCUACAAGGGCCUGUCGCUGCUCGAAGCGUACCAGCUGGUGAAGCUAGCCCGCCCAAUCAUUUCGCCCAACCUCAACUUCAUGGGCCAGCUGUUGGAGCUGGAACAGAACCUAAUAGCGGACGGUAAGCUGGAACCACCGCCGCCAUCACCCACGAUGGCCGCCCCACCGCCCAGUCAGCCGCCGUUCUUUCUCAUCGAUAACCGCACCAAGUACAACUCGCUCAACGAGGAGGAGCUGGUGGCCACACGCCGUCAGCUACGGUGUGCGGCAGCCGCUGCCACAACCCAAGACACCAUGGCGGACGAGCGCGAUACGCCGAUGGAUGGGGACGGUGACGCCGACGACGAUUGCAAGAACAACAACAACAACAACCGGGACAGCGGAUGUAGCGUGGCCAGCUCUUCCUCAUCCGCCUCGUCCAGCUCAUCAUCCUCGUCGUCCUCCUCGGCAAGCUACCGUAGCGGAUUCAACGGUGGACGGUUUUUGCCGCCACGGUUAACACUGAAGCUACCGACGACACCGACGUCACCGCCCGUGUCUCCGUCGCCCCUGUUCGCGACCUGCUUGUCUUCCGCUUCGUCGUCAUCGUCCUGCUGUUCCACCUCCUCGCUGUCGUCCACACCAUCGCCGACACUUGCCAUAUCGCCGACGAUGGGCGGACCGAUCGGUAUGAGGAAAUCGUCCUACAGCGGACCACCGCACCGACCAUCAACCCUCGUGGCAACGACAAUCGUGGCCGCGACGAUAGCGAGAGCUGCGGCAACAACGCCGUCAACAACGCCGUCAACAACAACAACCUGCCACUCGCUUGACGAUCAUCGCAACGCAAACAGUUCCUGAUGGGUACGGAAAAGGCAUAAAGCGUCCAAGCGCAAGAGAUAGGGCCGGCGCGCUAGACGAGAACGAUAAAAACAGGGCACCUGUGGACAAAUUGGGAGAUACGAAAAUGUGUCUCUCCCGCAGCUCUGCAGUGGCACGUUCGUCUCGUCACCGGCAUCGUGUAAAUACAGUGCAGUUCAAAAGUAUAAGCUUGUGCGCUUGCUACUAACAUAUGCUUUAAACAACGUGAACUAAGUAGAGGGAGCUAUACAAAAAAAGAAAACGAUCGUGUGAUAAAACGAAAGGCACGAACCCUAACUACGGUUCCUUCCUUUCACCCCCCC